GUUUGUUAAUAAAAUCAAAUUGUCCCAUCUCGCUGUCUGUUUCAGAGCCCGGCAAAGAAACAGGGAACAAAUGUAAGAAUCCUGAGAGUGCGAGAGUUUCAGGGAAGUCCAAAAAAACUGGAAUCUCGGACGCAAGAUAUCCAGACCAGGAGAAAGAACUUGACAACUCAACAGAGCACCAAAAAUCAGGAUGCAAUGAAAAGUGUCAAGCAGACCACAGAUGAAGGCAGAGAGGAUCCCUUUGUGAGAGCACAUGAAGUGCCAGAGGCUGCACAGAGUGAGAGAGAGGAAAAGCCAAGAGAGCAGUCCUUCACAGAGAAAAUGGUGAAAAAGAAAGCAGAUUUCCUAAAGAAAAUGGAUGAGACGAUGAAUGAGAGAAGGCAGACGAAGAGGGAGAAUGAGCAGAGGAAGUGGAAGGAGUUACAGAAGAGACAGGAGAUGUGGCAGAGGAAGAGGGAGAGUGAACAGAGGAAGUGGGAGGAGUGGGAGAGAAAGGACAGGGAAUGGAAGGAAGAGCGAAUGACUGAGGAGCAGAAGAAGAGACGGGCAGAUAAAGAGGAAGCGGAGAGGGUUAAGGCACUGCUUCCCAAGAAAAAGAACAAAUUCAAGUCAUUUGUUUUUCAUUUAUUCUUUGUGUAAUUCAAAACCAAGUUCAGCAAACUCUAAUCUGGCUUGUAGCAGUAGAGAAAGUAUACCACUCAAUUUCCCUUUGGCCUCAGUUUAACAUCUAGCAUUUAUAAAAUGGAAUAAAGUGGAUGCAUUUUUAUUCCAAAGAAAAUGUGAAUGUGUGCUUUCUGCAAAUCGAUAUUAUUAUUGACUCUUAUACUGACAGGAAAGAAAGAGAACCCUGGUGGUAGCACCCCAACGAUGCCUGGAGAUUUGACAUGGUUCUGUCUGGGAUAUAAUGAGUGAUAGUUGGACACGUUUGUUGGUAACUCGUAGAAAAGCUAUUAUCCAUGAGGGGUGGUGGUAAACAACUUAUUUAUCAUGGCUGGAUUGACCUAAGUUACUUGGUAAAUGCCUUGUACCUAUGAAAGUUGUUUACCAUGUUGAACAGUAUGGCCCAGUGAGAGAAUGGACUGACCAGAACCAGUUUUAAAGUUUACAAAAAAGCCAGUGAAUUAGGAUACAUUGAAAAACUGUUUAACUUAAAACCUAAACAGUGAGGAUGUGUGUUCUACAUAUUCAUAUUAUGGUUAAUGAGUCUUUAACUGACAGGAAAGAAAGAGACAUGAGUAGCAGUAUAGAGGGCCAUAGCUGUUAUACAC